GGUGGCGCCACAAGCGCCAGUAGCGGCUCAUGGCGGCCGCACUCGCCCUGGCGUCGCUCGCCGCGCUGCUCGCCACCGCAGGCACUACUGGGCGGGCGGGCGAGGCGGCCGCGGCGCCCGAGCACGCGCACACGGAGAUGACGCAGGCCGAGAUCGACGCGGCGGCGCAGGCCGAGGCGGAGGCGGCGGGCGUGCCGGCGUGGCGCGACCUGUGGUACUCGUCGCUGGAGGCGCUGCGGCGCGAGCCCAGCAUCAACAACACGCAGGACGACGUGCUGGUGCAGCUGGGCGGCGUGGCCUUCCUGCACUGCCCCGUGCGGAACCUGGGCGAGCGCGGCGUAUCGUGGGUGCGGAGGCGCGACUGGCACAUCAUCAGCUCUGGCGUGUUCAUGUACACUAACGAUGAGCGAUUCCAGGUACUCCAUAGCGAGGGUUCAGAUGACUGGAUUUUACAAAUUAAGUAUGUGCAAAAACGAGACAAUGGCACUUACGAAUGUCAGGUGUCGCUGGGCUCGGGGACUUUGUCGCGCCUGGUGCAUCUGCACAUCGUGGUGCCCGAGGCCUUCAUCCUGGGUGCGGACGAGUACCACGUGGACGCGGGCUCCACCAUCAACCUCGUCUGCAUCAUAGAGAAGAGCCCGGUUCCGCCGCAGUACGUGUUUUGGUACCACAACGCGCGCAUGAUCAACUACGACGCGACGCGCGGCGUGUCCGUGGCCACGGCGCCGGGCGCGCGCACGCAAUCGGCGCUGCGCAUCCGCGGCGCUGCGCCCGCGCACUCGGGCAACUACUCGUGCCGCGCCGCCAACACCGAGCCCGCGCACAUCUACGUCUACGUCUCCGAGGGCAGUGACAAAAUGGCUGCUACGUUGAGCCGCAACGCCAGUAGCUCGCAGCACAGCUGGCUGACUCACUUGGCGAUAACUGUGGCGGCCAUCUUGCGGAACUGCCUAUAGUGCAUCCAUCCGAAAGUAUACAACUCUCCACGUUUUAAAUAAACUACUCGAUCGCCAGUUGGACUUAGCGCACAGGGGUUCUUUAAUACACAUUAAUACCCUGCAAAAAACAGUCGUGGUGGUUACAAAGUCUUUUGGCAAAAGUUAACCAUCUGUACCCAUCGCUUCCUUUCGUCUUCAUAUACCGGGAUAUAUCAAAGAACCUGCUGCAUCUGUACCCUAAGUAUAUAAGGUAGCAUAAAUAACAAACUACCUCACAAUUACGAGGACGCGCCGUAUAUAGUUUUACACCGGAAAAUUAUGUUUAUGAACAUUAAAAUAACACUACAGAAGCAAUAGGUUUUGUGUGAAUAAACUGUGGAAGGGGCAAAGUGCUAUUUUAUUUUAAUAAAUUCGCGCAAACGUUGGAACAAAUGCGUUGUACAUUUACGUCCAACACAUUUCAACAGAAUUUAUUGC